AUGUCAGGUCGCGAGGGUAAAGCAGUCGAAUUCGGCAAAGAAUUCCACGACGAGGGAAAAGAGUCCCAGCCUCAUCCCCACGUCGAGACCUCCACGGGCGGCAAAGUCGAGGUCCCUACAGGUGACCCUCAAGCAAAGUCCGAUGUGGAAAAGCUCGCAGAGGGCUUCCUAGACCCCGAAGACGACGUCGGCACAGCCGAGAGAUCCCUAUCGUACGAAGUCAGGCCGUUCCCAACAAACGCCAGUCUCAAGGCCCUCGAGCUGAACAUCAAAGACGGCGAGCUCGGAGUGGAUAUCACCGCCAACGGCUUCUGGCCUUCUGUCGACGGGAUGCAUGCGACUGGGCGCAAGGGCACGGGGCCGUUCUCUCUCAUGCACAAGGUCAAGGUGAUCACGCCCGCCGAAGCCGCGUUCUACACCAGCGGGAACUCGGCCAAGAUUAAGCGGGAGGAGAUUGUCAUCAUUGAUCUCCGGCGGAAGGAGGACAGCGCAACGGACGAAACGACCGGACGGGUCCGCGGCGCAAAGAACUGGCCGCUCGUUGACUCGAGCGCCGAGCGGGACAACUGGUACACGAACUUCGACAUGCAGGAAAGCGCGAAGACGACCGUAUCGAGACAGAAGGAAGUGGAUGUGCAGAACAACUGGCAGGCGCUCUACAAUGACCACAACUCGGUUGUGUAUCAGGUUGCUGCGGACCCCAAUGUCAAACACGUUGUGUUCCAUUGCUAUCAGAGCAGGAACAGGACUCCGGCUAUUGCGCGGGGGUAUUGGCAGUUCAUGAGGAAGCAGGGCGGGAGGGAUGAGGCGACGGCGCAGAAGGUGUAUGUGAUGGCCGGUGGGUAUCAGGCGUACACGGGGUGGGUGACCAAUGCGAAGUAUUUUGUUGGGCGAGAGAAUUGGGAAUGA